AUGGAAAGUACUACCCAACCCACACAGCAGUCCACGCAGGCCACCCAAAGGUUUUUGAUUGAGAAGUUCUCGCAAGAACAAAUCGGCGAAAAUAUCGUGUGCAGAAUCAUUUGUACGACGGGUCAGAUUCCAAUUAGAGACUUGUCGGCAGAUAUUUCACAGAUCCUGAAGGAAAAGCGAUCUAUCAAGAAGGUGUGGACAUUUGGUAGAAAUCCUGCAUGUGACUAUCAUUUGGGAAAUAUCUCUAGGCUAUCUAAUAAGCAUUUUCAAAUUUUACUGGGGGAAGAUGGUAAUCUUCUACUAAAUGACAUUUCUACUAACGGCACCUGGUUAAAUGGACAAAAAGCCGAGAAGAACAGCAACCAGUUAUUAUCGCAAGGCGACGAAAUAACCGUCGGCGUAGGUGUAGAAUCGGAUAUUCUAUCUUUAGUUAUUUUCAUAAAUGAUAAAUUUAGGCAGAACCUCGAGCAGAACAAAGUUGACCGUAUAAGAUCUAACUUAAAAAACAAGUCCAAGAUAGCGUCCCCGGGUCUAGCGUCUUCCACUGCAUCGGCUAUUAUGACCCAUAAAACUGGUAUUUUUAGGGAUUUUUCGAUUAUCGACGAAGUGGUGGGUCAGGGUGCCUUUGCCACAGUAAAGAAGGCUAUUGAAAGAACUACUGGUAAAACAUUUGCGGUAAAGAUUAUAAGUAAGCGUAAAGUAAUAGGUAAUAUGGAUGGUGUGACAAGAGAGUUGGAAGUGCUGCAGAAGCUCAAUCAUCCAAGAAUAGUGCGUUUGAAAGGAUUUUACGAAGACGCAGAUAGUUACUAUAUGGUGAUGGAGUUUGUUUCUGGCGGUGACUUGAUGGAUUUUGUUGCUGCUCAUGGUGCUGUUGGAGAAGACGCAGGAAGAGAGAUAUCUAGACAGAUACUCACAGCUGUAAAGUACAUUCACUCUAUGGGAAUCAGUCAUCGUGACCUAAAGCCCGAUAAUAUUCUUAUUGAACAAGAUGAUCCUGUGUUAGUAAAGAUAACGGAUUUCGGUCUGGCAAAAGUACAGGGAAACGGGUCUUUUAUGAAAACGUUUUGUGGUACCUUAGCAUACGUGGCACCUGAAGUUAUCAGAGGCAAAGACUCAUCCGCAUCUCCUGACGAAUACGAAGAAAGAAAUGAAUAUUCCUCAUUAGUGGAUAUGUGGUCAAUGGGAUGUCUUGUAUAUGUCAUUUUGACUGGUCACUUACCUUUUAGCGGGAGUACUCAGGACCAACUUUAUAAACAAAUUGGAAGAGGCUCUUAUCAUGAAGGGCCCCUGAAGGAUUUUCGGAUAUCUGAAGAAGCUAGAGAUUUUAUAGAUUCACUGUUACAAGUUGAUCCAAGCAAUAGGUUGACCGCUGCAAAAGCUUUGGAUCAUCCUUGGAUCAAAAUGGGUCCGUUUAGUUCACAAUCAUAUGGUGACAUGUCGCAAAUAUCUCUAUCGCAAUCCUUAUCCCAACAGAAAUUAUUGGAAAAUAUGGACGAUGCCCAAUACGAGUUUAUCAAAGCACAAAGAAAGUUGCAGUUGGAAAAGCAACAACUUCAGGAACAGGAUCAAGAAGACCAAGAUGACAGAGUCCAAGGAUUUAAGAUACCCGUCCAUCCUCCUAUUCGAUAUACACAGCCUAAAAAUAUCGAAGCAGACGUUCGAGAACAAAAAAUCAUGCAUUCCAAUAAAGCUACCAAUACCAGGAGCUCGAAAAAAAAGGGAAACGGCAGGUUUUUGACUUUACAACCUUUACCUGACAGUAUUAUACAGGAGAGCCUAGAAAUUCAACAAGGUGUAAACCCAUUUUUCAUCGGGAGAUCCGAGGAUUGUAACUGUAAAAUUGAAGAUAAUAGAUUAUCACGAGUACAUUGCUUUAUUUUCAAGAAAAGACAUGCAGUCGGAAAAAGUAUGAAUGAAUCUCCGGCACAAGGUUUAGAUGAUAUUUGGUAUUGCCACACGGGAACUAAUGUAAGCUAUUUGAAUAAUAGUCGGAUGAUUCAAGGUACAAAAAUUCUUUUACAAGACGGAGAUGAAAUCAAGAUCAUUUGGGAUAAAAACAAUGAAUUUGUCAUUGGUUUUAAAGUGGAAAUUAAUGACACCACAGGACUUUUCAACGAUGGGUUGAGUAUGAUGCAAGAACAAAGGGUAGUGAUGAAACAAACAACUGAAGAGAAAGAUCUGGUCAAAAAGCUAACUCAGAUGAUGGCGGCUCAACGUGCAAACCAGCCGCCAAUUUCUUCUUUGUCUGUGGAAACUAAGAAGCCGCAAAUUAGCGUCACAGGUAAUAGCAGCAAUAACUCGGUACUGAGCGAUUUGGUAGAAACACCAAGUAAUGCAAAUACAGGGAAUAUUUUAAAGAGAAUACAUUCAGUGAGUUUGUCGCAAUCACAAAUUGAUCCUAGUAAAAAGAUUAAAAGGGCAAAGUUGGACCAAACCUCAAAAGACCCCGAGAAUUUGCAAUUCUCGUAA